AUGUUCAAGCGGCUGUCGGAGCGCUUCCCCGCGGCGGCCACGCGGCUCGAGGCGUACACGGGGACGUCGGCCAGCCACGACGCCAAGACCGCGUCCCCCUCCUCGGACGCCGACACGACCGCCACGUCGCCCCCGUCCCCCGCGCAGGAGUCGGACGGCAAGAGCCCGUCCCCAUCGCCGCCGCCGCCCACGCUCUUCGGCGAGGAGAGUGACGACCCGUCGGCGCACCCGGCCACCCUCAAGACGGCGCUGGCCGAGCGCUUCAACUCGGAGUCGGUCUCGGCCGCGGCCGCCAGCAUGAUGGGCUUCAUGAAGAAGGCGCAGGUGGUGGCGGCCUCGGCGGCCAAGGAGGGCGCCGUCAAGGCGCGCAAGGCGCUGGACGCCGCCGACAUGGACGCGCUGCAGCGCCGCCUGAGCUACGCGCUGGACCGCUCCACGGGCGAGGUGAACCUGGAGCUGCUCAACUUCUCGUACGUCACGGACAGCGUCGUGGCCAUGGGCUUCCCCAACAUGAACCUGGGCACGAACCGCACGCUGCUCAAGGACAACCCGAUCGACCUCGUGGCCAUGUACCUCAACUCAAAGCACGGCGGCCACUACAUGAUCUGGAACCUCAGCGAGGAGACGUACGACUACGCGUUCUUCGACAACCAGGUGCUCGAGUUCAACUUCCCGGGCCACCCGGCGCCGCCGCUCGGGCUCGUCUUCAAGAUCUGCUCGUCCAUCGAGAGCUGGCUGCAGGCGGACGACAAGAACCUCGCGGCCGUGCACUGCCUGACGGGCAAGGGCCGCACGGGCACGGUCAUCGCCUGCUACUUGGCCUGGGUGGGGCAGUUCCCCAACGCCAUGGAGAGCUUGGAGUACGUGGCGGAGCAGCGGAACACGUCGGUCGAGAAGCUCACGAUCCCGUCGCAGCGCCGAUACAUUCAGUACUUCAACAACGUCAUGGACGGAGUGAAGCCGCGGUCGUCGCCGUUGCUGCUGCGCCGUGUGAUUAUCAACACGAUCCCCGUGUUCGAAGAGCGGCGGGUGCUGGAGCCGGCGAAGAAGAACUCGUCCACGGAUGACGGAUCUGAGACGGUGGGCGUCGAGGGCGAGUCUCUGACUACCCCGGCUGCAGCAGCGGAAGGGGACGAGGAGGAAGAAAUGAUUGAAACAGUCGAGGAAGGAUGCUGCCCGUACCUGCAGAUUUUCAAGGGAGGAAAGCUCGUGUUCACAACCACCUGGAAGGACAUGGAGGAUGGCCAUGGAAUUCAGUGGGCUAGCACUGGGGACGGAUCCGUGUCAUUCAACGUGAACUGCAUGCUGCAGGGAGACAUUCUGGUCCGCUGUCGUCAUUUGACGGCUGCCGGAGAGCGCGUUUCGAUGUUCCGUGGCGCAUUCCAUACCGGUUACAUCCCGCAGGGCAUCUUAAGGCUCACCAAGGCGCAGCUGGAUGGUGCUUGUGGCGACCCCCGCUUCGACCAGGACUUUUUCGUCGACUUGAUAUUCGCGGAUGUCGAAACUGAAGGAAAGGCUGCUUCUGCAGAUGCAACGGGUGGUGAAGCGGCAAAUGCCCCCAAGAGUGAGGGUGUUUCUCUGAACGAAGAGGACCGCCAAGCUUACGAAGAUAUGCUUCACCGGGAUGAGGCAUUCUGGCAAGACAUCGAGGAUAGGAAGAAACGACUUCAAAAGCUGCGCGAGGAGCUACAAAAGAAAAAGAAGGCGGAAGCCGAAGCUAGGGCUGCCGCUGAAGCUGCGGCUGCUGCUGCCGCCGAAGCUGAAGCCAAGGCAAAGGCGGAGGCAGAGGCUGAGGCGGCGAAGAAGGCGCAAGCGGCACAGAAGCAGAAUUCGUUCAGUAUUAGUGGCACAGACGAAGACGCUGGAUACGCGGCUAAGGAGAAGAUUAACCGCAAGGGGAGCUGGAAUGAGGAGAAGGACAAGGAACUCAUGAGCGAGCUUGAAUCAUUAACGAGUGGAGCGCUGGCUAAGGCAGCCGAAGCAGGGGUGGAUUUGGAGGAAAAAACCGCCGAUGCAGCAAAGUCCGCCAGCGGAAAGGAUGAUUCUACAGACCUGUCGAAAGAGUUCGACGAGAUGAAGAACUUGGAGAAGGAGCUGGGUCUUCAAUCGUUCUCUAGUGACCUGGCAAGUCUUCCUGAUGGCAAGAUUGAUCCCCAGCUCGAGCUGCUGGAUGCCGAGCUCAAGGGUCUCGAGGGUUUGUCACCGAAGGCCGGCGACGGGACCGACGACGUUAUGAAUUUUGGUGCGGAUGAUUUUGAGGAGCUGGAGGAGUAUUUGAGCGGCCUCUCGACCAAGUGA